CUCAACGUCCUACCUCUCUCUCCAUGUGUAGUGUCUUCUCCCUCGCUGUCUCCUCGACCCCUCAACGUCCUACCUCUCUCUCCAGUUGACGGUGCGGUAGCUCCAGAUGUGAUGUGUUCGUAUCCUCCUGGAUCUCUGUCUGAUUGUGCCAGCCAAGCCCAGUCUCCCCCCUCUGCCUCCCCCCUCUCCCCCAGGACAGAGGAGUAUAUUCACCAAGCCAAGGCUCACCUGAGGGGAAUGUGCCAGGAGAUGGAGGCGGGCCUUAGCCUGGCGUCCCACUAUGUUGACGUGCGAUUGGUCCAAAGGCAGAUCCUGAUUGGCUCAGGGAAGAACGCCAGCAAGUGCCUGGAGAAGGAUCUGGUCGUCAUCGGAGACGCGGAGAGAAGGCGGGGUUCGUUGGCCAGGAGUCAGGUGUUCGAGAGCUCCACCGGGGCGAAACCCAACCGUUACACCGUGUUGCUAGGCAACGCCGGCAUGGGCAAAAGCACGCUCAUCAAGAAGCUCUGCGUCGAUUGGUCCGACGGUCUACUGCCUCAGUUCGACUUUGUGUUCUUAUUGGACGUUAAGGCUCUGACCCUCCCCCCUGAGCCGACCUAUAGCCUUCAGUCCCUCCUCUUACACCACUCCUCCUCCCCCGUCCCCUCUACUUGUCCCCAAACCCGGGAUGUCUUCAAUCAGGUCCUCUCUGUCCCGGAGCGUGUGCUGGUGAUAUUCGACGGCUUCGAGGUGGUGCGUGACUUGGAGGGUCUGCUGCAGUUUCCAGCGGAUGACAGGAAGGGGGAGACCUACAGCGUUAGACAGCUGUUCUCAGGUCUGCUCCAGAGGAAGCUCCUACCGGGCUGCUCUCUGCUCCUCUCUGCCCGACCACGAGGCACCGUCAGUGGGCUGCUGAGACGGGCUGACAGCCUCCUGGAACUCUCUGGCUUCUCCCCUCCGGACAUAGAGAGAUACCUGGGACAAUACUUCUCUGGACAGUCCCUAGAGGCACCAACCUCAGGCCCAACCUCAGUCCCAACCUCAGUCCCAACCUCAGACUCAGUCCCAACCUCAGUCCCAACCUCAGACUUAGUCCCAGCCUCAGACUCCAUCCCUGUCCCAACCUCAAUCCCAGCCUCAGACCCAGCCUCAGACCCAGCCUCAGAUCCAAUCCCAACCUCAGUCCCAACCUCAGUCCCAACCUCAGACUCAGUCCCAGUCCUAGUCCCAACCUCAGUCCCAUCCCUAGUCCUAGCCCUAGCCAGGCUCCACAGCCAGCCUUACCUUCUGUCUGUGUGUUGGAACCCAGCGCUGUGUCACAUGGUGUGUUUGCUUCUAGAACACUGGGAGGGUUCCGAGCCACUCCCCUCCACGCUGACGGGAUUGUGUUACAAAGCGUUGUCACUAAAGACGAGACGACACACCCUGAAACACACACACUGUCAAACCCUACCCCAAACUCGGACCCUGGCACACACUCACACCCUUAAACACGGUCACAAACACGUCCCUAAACACACACGCAACAGGACACGAACGCACAUCCACACUCGCUCUCACACUCAAUCCCAAAUUCAAUUAGAAGAAGAGAAGAGGAGGAUAGAGAUGAGGGAGGAGGAAGAGAGGGAGGAGGGAGAGGAAGAGAGAGAGAAGGAGAGGAUAGAGACGAGGGAGGAGGAAGAGAGGGAGGAGAGAGAGAGGGAGGAGGGAGAGAAAGAGAGAGAGCAAGAGAGGGAGGAGGAAGAGAGAGAGAGAGAGCAAGAGAGAGACAACAGGUGUGUUCUGUCAGAGUUGAGCGGUCUGGCUUGGCAGGGGGUUAAAGGUCAUUCAUCUCUCCUGACCCUGACUCUGGAGAAUACCGUCUAUGUCAAGCUGCGUCUGUUUGGCCUGAGGACUGGACUGGUCCAUUCUCACUGGCAGGGCAGAGAUUGUGGCGGUGGUGACGACGUGAGUUCUGACAACGUCCUGUCCUGGGCCCACCCUUUCCUGCAAAGCUUCCUGGGCGGGGCUCACCUGUCCGUCUCCAGCUGUGUGUCUGACCGCGCUCUGCUGGCCCAGAUAUUACCACAGCCCAGGGGGAGGCGACGGCCUCAGGGAGAGUGUCUGGACCUUGCUCAGCGAUUCGCUGUCGGGCUGCUUUUCCGGGACAAGGCGGAACUCCAGGAUCUGGCCGCGCUGGAUACCGGCGCCAUGAAAGUGGUGGUGGCCAAGCGUGCCGCUGUGAUGUCACACCUGGAGAACCUUCACCAUGGCGACCUGAGCCCCGCUCGGCUCCUGGAGGCGUGUCACUGUGUUUACGAGACAGGCGACGCCCGCUUGGUCAGACACCUGGUACGGAACCUUCCCGAGGUUCUGUCGUUCCAAGGGGUUCCGCUGUGUCCCGCGGACGCCUUCGUAGUGUGGAACCUUUUGGACCAGUGUAGAACGCUGAGGAGGAGGUUCUGUCUGGGGCUGGAGGACACAGGACUGAGGAUGACAGGAUUAAAACUACUGACAGGUCUCAACAACAUACACUCAUACAGAGCGUGCAUCGCUGACACCAUCACUCUGUGGGAGGAGCUAGAGCAGAGUGGGGAGGAGGAGCUUCUGAAAGCAGCUGUUUCUAAGUUGACCCUUAACCCUUUCAGAGCCACACAGGUGUCCCACGUUCAACACCUGUCUACACUGGUCAACAUACACACAAGCAGGAGACUGUCUGAGAGCCUAUCAGACGGUGUCCUGGGGGAGGGUAUACCUGCAGUCAGAGAUCUUCACAAGCUGGAGUUUGAGUUGGGUCCAGUGAAUGGCCCGCUGGCCCUCCCUAAACUCCUGGAGCUGCUGCCAGCCCUGCACAGUCUACAUCACCUGGAUCUGGAGAACAGUAAGCUGGGGGACAGUGGGGCUGAGGGUCUGGCUGGAGCUGUGGUGUCCCUCUCCUCUCUGCAGAUUAUCAAUCUGUCCCAGAACUGUAUAGGAGACCAGGGAAUAGGGAGGCUGGCUCCAGCCCUGUCUACCCUCUCCUCACUGCACUGUCUCAGUCUGUACAGUAAUGUGAUAUCUGACGCGGGUGCUGAGAGUCUGGCUGCUGUUUUACCUCAGAUGACAUCACUCAGUGACCUGGAUGUCAAGUACAACAGUUUCACAGCCCUGGGAGCUCAGAGUUUGGCUUCCAGCCUGAGGGACUGUCCAUGGAUCAAGAGUCUGGGGAUGUGGAAUGUGUGUAUUCCCUACGGAGUGUUAGAGAGACUGCAACAACAGGACCCACGGAUACAGCUGCUCUAGAACAUUGUUCUGUUGUUCUUACAGAACCCCAGAGGAUAGUCACUCCUAGAACAUUGUUCUAACAGAACCCCAGAGGAUACAGUCACUCCUAGAACAUUGUUCUAACAGAACCCCAGAGGAUAGUCACUCAUAGAACAUUGUUCUGUUGUUCUAACAGAACCCCAGAGGAUACAGUCACUCCUAGAACAUUGUUCUAACAGAACCCCAGAGGAUAGUCACUCCUAGAACAUUGUUCUAACAGAACCCCAGAGAAUAGUCACUCCUAGAACAUAAAUCUAACAGAACCCCAGAGGAUACAGUCCCUCCUAGUCAUGUUCCUGGACACCACUAUACUGUUCUAUGUUCCUGGACACCUCUGUUCUGUUCUAUGUUCCUGGACACCUCUGUUCUGUGUUCCUGGACACCUCUGUUCUGUUCUGUGUUCCUGGACACCUCUGUUCUGUUCUGUGUUCCUGGACACCUCUGUUCUGUUCUAUGUUCCUGGACACCUCUGUUCUGUGUUCCUGGACACCUCUGUUCUGUUCUGUGUUCCUGGACACCUCUGUUCUGUUCUGUGUUCUUGGACACCUCUGUUCUGUUCUGUGUUCCUGGACACCUCUGUUCUGUUCUGUGUUCCUGGACACCUCUGUUCUGUUCUGUGUUCCUGGACACCUCUGUUCUGUUCUGUGUUCCUGGACACCUCUGUUCUGUUCUGUGUUCCUGGACACCUCUGUUCUGUUCUGUGUUCCUGGACACCUCUGUUCUGUUCUGUGUUCCUGGACACCUCUGUUCUGUUCUGUGUUCCUGGACACCUCUGUUCUGUUCUGUGUUCCUGGACACCUCUGUUAUGUUCUAUGUUCCUGGACACCUCUGUUAUGUUCUGUGUUCCUGGACACCUCUGUUAUGUUCUGUGUUCCUGGACACCUCUGUUCUGUGUUCCUGGACACCUCUGUUCUGUUCUGUGUUCCUGGACACCUCUGUUCUGUUCUAUGUUCCUGGACACCUCUGUUCUGUUCUAUGUUCCUGGACACCUCUGUUCUGUGUUCCUGGACACCUCUGUUCUGUGUUCCUGGACACCUCUGUUCUGUUCUGUGUUCCUGGACACCUCUGUUCUGUUCUAUGUUCCUGAACACCUCUGUUCUGUGUUCCUGGACACCUCUGUUCUGUUCUGUGUUCCUGGACACCUCUGUUCUGUUCUGUGUUCCUGGACACCUCUGUUCUGUUCUGUGUUCCUGGACACCUCUGUUCUGUUCUGUGUUCCUGGACACCUCUGUUCUGUUCUGUGUUCCUGGACACCUCUGUUCUGUUCUGUGUUCCUGGACACCUCUGUUCUGUGUUCCUGGACACCUCUGUUCUGUUCUGUGUUCCUGGACACCUCUGUUCUGUUCUGUGUUCCUGGACACCUCUGUUCUGUGUUCCUGGACACCUCUGUUCUGUUCUAUGUUCCUGGACACCUCUGUUCUGUGUUCCUGGACACCUCUGUUCUGUUCUGUGUUCCUGGACACCUCUGUUCUGUUCUGUGUUCCUGGACACCUCUGUUCUGUUCUGUGUUCCUGGACACCUCUGUUCUGUUCUGUGUUCCUGGACACCUCUGUUCUGUUCUGUGUUCCUGGACACCUCUGUUCUAUGUUCCUGGACACCUCUGUUCUGUGUUCCUGGACACCUCUGUUCUGUUCUGUGUUCCUGGACACCUCUGUUCUGUGUUCCUGGACACCUCUGUUCUGUUCUGUGUUCCUGGACACCUCUGUUCUGUUCUGUGUUCCUGGACACCUCUGUUCUGUUCUGUGUCCCUGGACACCUCUGUUCUGUUCUGUGUUCCUGGACACCUCUGUUCUGUUCUGUGUUCCUGGACACCUCUGUUCUGUGUUCCUGGACACCUCUCUUCUAUGUUCUAUGUUCCAGGACACCUCUGUUCUGUUCUGUGUUCCUGGACACCUCUGUUCUGUUCUGUGUUCCUGGACACCUCUGUUCUGUGUUCCUGGACACCUCUGUUCUGUUCUAUGUUCCUGGACACCUCUGUUCUGUUCUGUGCUCCUGGACACCUCUGUUCUGUUCUGUGUUCCUGGACACCUCUGUUCUGUUCUGUGUUCCUGGACACCUCUGUUCUGUUCUGUGUUCCUGGACACCUCUGUUCUGUUCUGUGUUCCUGGACACCUCUGUUCUGUUCUGUGUUCCUGGACACCUCUGUUCUGUUCUGUGUUCCUGGACACCUCUGUUCUGUUCUGUGUUCCUGGACACCUCUGUUCUAUGUUCCUGGACACCUCUGUUCUGUUCUGUGUUCCUGGACACCUCUGUUCUGUUCUGUGUUCCUGGACACCUCUGUUCUGUGUUCCUGGACACCUCUGUUCUGUUCUGUGUUCCUGGACACCUCUGUUCUGUUCUGUGUUCCUGGACACCUCUGUUCUAUGUUCCUGGACACCUCUGUUCUGUUCUGUGUUCCUGGACACCUCUGUUCUGUUCUGUGUUCCUGGACACCACUGUUCUGUUCUGUGUUCCUGGACACCUCUGUUCUGUUCUGUGUUCCUGGACACCACUGUUCUGUUCUGUGUUCCUGGACACCUCUGUUCUGUGUUCCUGGACACCUCUGUUCUGUGUUCCUGGACACCUCUGUUCUGUUCUGUGUUCCUGGACACCUCUGUUCUGUUCUGUGUUCCUGGACACCUCUGUUCUGUGUUCCUGGACACCUCUGUUCUGUUCUGUGUUCCUGGACACCUCUGUUCUGUUCUGUGUUCCUGGACACCUCUGUUCUGUGUUCCUGGACACCUCUGUUCUAUGUUCUAUGUUCCAGGACACCUCUGUUCUGUUCUGUGUUCCUGGACACCUCUGUUCUGUUCUGUGUUCCUGGACACCUCUGUUCUGUUCUGUGUUCCUGGACACCUCUGUUCUGUUCUGUGUUCCUGGACACCUCUGUUCUGUUCUGUGUUCCUGGACACCUCUGUUCUGUUCUGUGUUCCUGGACACCUCUGUUCUAUGUUCCUGGACACCUCUGUUCUGUUCUGUGUUCCUGGACACCUCUGUUCUAUGUUCUAUGUUCCAGGACACCUCUGUUCUGUGGGGUUAUGUUAGUUAGUUAGUUAGUUGUGUUACUGGCAUCUCAGUCCGCACUUUUAUUUGCACUGACAUUUGAAUGUAUUUGUUAUGUUAUAAACUGUUCUACCUUCA